AUGCAAGACCCCAGGAUUGUUUCAAUCGACAUGCCUUGCAUGUGCGGCUUAAUCGACAGUGGGAAUAGAGGUGUCCAAGCCUCCUCCAGAUCUACGUCAGCCACCUUUCCGCCCCGUCACACCACUCGGAUGGCCCGGCCUCCGACCCAAUGGCCGGCAUUGGGUUCCUGCGCGUACACCACACCAGCGAGCUCUCGAAGCUCUUUGAUUGGACCAUGGUCGCCGCCACUCAACCUUAAGGACAUCACAUCCCAUCACAGGUUUCCAAGAAUCCACACUAGUAGAUUGCAGAUCAUAUUGGCUGCAAGUUAUUGA